AUGUUACAGCGGCAAGGGAUUCCGAAACCCCAGCCAGUGAAAUUUAGAGGUGACCCUGCUCAGUUUCCUGUUUUUAAGAAGCGGGUGGAGGUUUGGUUAAACGAAAGAGAGUUUGAUGAAAGAGAAAAAAUAACUCGUCUUCUCAGUUUCGUAGAAGGUGAUGCUAGAGACGCAAUUGAACAUUGUGAACUGAAAUCAAACGGUUUUAGUCAAGCCAUGAAAAUAUUAGAGUCUCAGUAUGGUCAUCCUUCUAGCGUAGUCAAGGCAUCCCUUAAACGAGUCACGGUGGGUCCUCGCAUUGAAAGGGGAGACAACAACUCUCCGCUAAGCUCAGAAAUAAUUUACGUUCCUGUUUAGAAGUCUUAAAGGACAAUGAGAAUUACAAACACGAAAUUAAUGCAUCAUCUAACGUUGAAAGAGUUGUUGAUCGUUUGCCAAUGCACAUGCAGAUAGAAUGGGUAAAGAAACUUCCGAAAAUUUGUGAUGAAACCAAAUUGAACCCCACAUUACAGCAUGUUCUAGAGCUAGUAGAAAGACAACUCAGAAUCAUGAACGAUCCCCAAUAUGGACACAUUUUGACUACAAAGAGGAAACCAAUUGACCCCAAGAACAGGCUACCGAAACCAUCACCUAAACCACCACUUCAGAAUCAGAUCUCGACGUUGACAACAAACCUCGAAAACUCCGGCCUUUGUCCGUGUUGCAAGGGUAAACAUUCACUCACAAACUGUGACUCCUUUGUUAAGAAAACACCUGAAGAGCGAUGGGAAAUCGUAAAGAAUUUAAAACUUUGCCAUUUAUGCCUAGCGUCGGGACACAUGAAGGCCCAGUGUAUAUCAACCACCAUUUGUAAAUGUAAAGCUACCUACAAGCAUCACCCACUCCUUCAUCGAAGAAUUUCGCCACCAAAGGAUAACUCUAAAUUCCAGUCUAAUGAUCGUGAAUCCUCCAAUACCACUCAAAGACAACCAGAGAAAGACAAAGAGAAACCAGAAAGGGCAGCUGGAUCUGAACCACCCAAAUCCAAAUUUGGAAAGGACAGUCAACAAGAUUCGAUGGCAUCUUAUACGACAAUGACGCAAGGAAAGGAAAAUCACGUACUUUUACACGUUGUACCUGUUAAAGUGUUAACGAAGGAUGGAAACUCGGUCACGACAUAUGGACUACUUGACAAUGCAAGCCGUGGAACUAUUGUUGAUGCGAAAUUGGCAGAGAAACUGAACGUGAAAGGAACUAAACAGUCAAUCGCCGUUACAACAGUGCUUGGAACACAGGAAUGCGAAUUUGAAUCAGUGUCCCUUUUGCUUCAGGCUGCAGAAGCCGCAGAUUCUGACCCAAUAUUGGAAGUGAGCGAAGGACUAGUGAAGAAGCUUGAUAUGAAUGAAAGAAUUCUCCCAAAUGAGAUUGACUGUCAAGGAUAUGAGCAUUUGGCUGAUAUAACGAUGCCUGAAGUCGAACUUAAGCGUAUUCUAUAA